AUGGUAUUAAAGCUCAAUAGCAGGAUCCUGAAGUGUCUAGGAAGGAAAACAGUCCUAACAGUUGUCGAAUGUAUCUUACACGUAUCAAAUGACCACAAAGCUCCACACAGCGGGAAACAGGGGAGUGGUCCCAGCAGCUUCCUGAGUAUCGUGCGCGCGAAACAACCUCAGUCCGGUACCUCCACCUUCUGGACCCCACUCUGGACCUCUACCCUCGCUUCUACUUCUACCUACUUCUACCCUCGCUUCUACUUCUACCCUCACUCCUACUUCUACCCUCACUCCUACUUCUACCCUCACUCCUACUUCUACCCUCGCUCCUACUUCUACCCUCACUCCUACUUCUACCCUCGCUUCUACUUCUACCCUCGCUUCUACUUCUACCCUCGCUCCUACUUCUACCCUCGCUCCUACUUCUACCCUCACUCCUACUUCUACCCUCACUCCUACUUCUACCCUCACUCCUACUUCUACCCUCACUCCUACUUCUACCCUCGCUCCUACUUCUACCCUCGCUUCUACUUCUACCCUCGCUCCUACUUCUACCCUCACUCCUACUUCUACCCUCGCUCCUACUUCUACCCUCGCUCCUACUUCUACCCUCACUCCUACUUCUACCCUCACUCCUACUUCUACCCUCGCUCCUACUUCUACCCUCACUCCUACUUCUACCCUCACUCCUACUUCUACCCUCGCUCCUACUUCUACCCUCGCUCCUACUUCUACCCUCGCUCCUACUUCUACCCUCGCUUCUACUUCUACCCUCGCUCCUACUUCUACCCUCACUCCUACUUCUACCCUCGCUCCUACUUCUACCCUCGCUCCUACUUCUACCCUCACUCCUACUUCUACCCUCACUCCUACUUCUACCCUCGCUCCUACUUCUACCCAGCCCGGAGAUACCGUGAGAAAAUAUCCGCAGUACACGGACAAACCUCACAUACCAAUAUAGCCUUCAGUGUGAACAACGCGACCCGUUCCGCCCUGUCGCUUCUCAAUGCGAUACGCUUUAACGCUUACUCAAUAUUCAACUAA